AAGUAGAAUAAAGUGGCCAAUUCCAGGUAACGACAAGAUGACAUCACGUCCCCUUAUUCAGUCUAAUAAAUUAAAAUCUUCAACAUCUCAAAAAUCUGUUUUCUGUAAAAUCAAUUACCGACUAAUACUCACAUUCUCAAAAACGUCUUCAAAGAAGAAGAAUCAUGGUUUCCCAAUCCGACGUAACCAGCGCCUUAACGGCCGAUGGCAUCAUCCCGGACAUCCUCCCAACCGGCACAACUGUGCCACGGAACCUCAAGAUCUCCUUUCAUACUACUACCCUUGACAAACCGGGUCAAAUGAUCGAUCGCGAUGAUACGCAAGUGAAGAAGCCGACUGUUUUUGUGGAUCCUCCUCUGGAGGGAGAUCGGGGGGAUAAUUAUACGUUGUUAAUGGUUGAUCCGGACCUUACGAUUCGACACGAUACAAGAUUCGGACAAGUCAGACACUGGCUCAUUAGUCACUGCUCAAUUAGCCCUGCCGGCGAAGUCCUUGAUGUAAAAGGUGUCACGCACUCACCCUAUGUCGGACCGGCGCCUAUGCCCGUUUUUGAUAUUACAGGAAAACCCCAUCCAUCACGUUACACUUUCAUCCUUUUCAAACCCAAAUCAUCGCUUACAAAGAGCGACGACGUAAAAAUCUCCCAAAGCGAGCAAUAUCCUGGCCUAGCAAGCGAUCUCGGAAAACCAUCACAGGAUCUGUUUGAUCGAUGGAAGUUCAGCACGAAACAGUUCAUGGAGGAGAAUAACCUUGAAGUUGUAGCUGCGACCUACAUGCUUGUUGAAGGGAAUUUGAAGAGUAGCGUUGCAAAUGCGGGUUUGAUGGCCAAUGCGAUUGGGCAUAAGAUUGGUGAGAUUGGGCAUUGA